AUGGCAACGACAGGCUCAACUCACCGUUUUGAAAUUUUAUCUUUACUCGUUCGCAAUGUCUUAACAUCUAAUUCGAAGAAUUUCCAACUGCAUGGCGAUAAGCAAGUGAUCAUGCAAAUCUUACCGACAUCACCAGAUCGUGCUUUUCUGACAAACGAUUGUUACGAUUCGAGUUACGAUCUAGGUGCAAUAACAUACACCGAUAUUUUACAACGUGUGUUACGAUUAGGUUUUCAAAUUCAAUCAUCCGCCGGUGGAUCUUAUCAACUACCAAAAUCGGAAAAGUCGAUUAUUAAAAACGAUUCUCAACAGCCAGCAGCACAAGAUACAUUCGUCCUUCAAUAUACACUGGUCCGAACGCACAAUAUCAAUUAUCGACUUAUUCACUUUUUGAAAAAUAAGGCGAAUUUCUUCGAUGAAACAGUUAACAUUAUCAAUUAUGUAAAUCAUCGACGACUACAAAUUGAUACAUCUCAACACAGCAUGUGA